UGCAAAGCUCUAAACUUUCUACUCGUGCAGACAAAAAUACAUCUAGCUUCUGAGAUUAAGUACUGGGCAAUCGGAGCUUUGAUAAGAAAUUUACUUUCAUAUGCGCAUUGUGAUGGCUCACACUAGCCCACUGUAUUGUAAUAGUAUUGCAAUUGUAGCUGCGUAGUGUUGCAAGGUUGUUACAAUGAUACUGUGCAAUGACGUGAGAUUGUUGCAAUGAUACUGCGCAAAAUUGUAGAGUGGAAUGAUUGUUGCGCAGUGUUGCAAGAGUGUUGCAAUUGAAUCGUGGGGUGCUAUAAGUGUGUCGCGAUAACAUACCCUCGAAACCCGCUAAAAUAACCACGUGACAGAAACUGGAAACUCCGAACUUGACUGAUAUCACGCCAUGAUUAAUUGUAGCUGUUUUCCCCUUGUCAAUUCGUAACUCGAUACAGUCACUCGACCCGAUUAUAUCAUGCAGCGGUAGUUUAUUAUUUCUUUUUAUUUCAGGAAUAAACAAAAAUAAAUAGAAAGGCAGAGCGCUUACAAAAAUUCGGCGUUGAAAACCUAUUACCGCGAAUUAUCCGUGCUAUAAAACUUUUCCAACCCUACCCCGAUGACCCAAAUCCCUGCUAACACGAAACUACUUUAGGGUUCCUUAUGAAUUUACAGGGCUCUUCGGUACUUUGAUGUUUGAGUCAAAAUUACUCAGAUUUGAUUUCUGCUCUCACUAGAAAAUUACAACGAACAUCAAAACCCGUGUAUUUCCAGACAUUGUCGUGACUGUCUCUUCACCCACCUGCGGAGUGUCCAUCAACAUGAUUGACAGUUGACUGUCGAUAGCUCCGCCCCCUGCUGUUUGUGCUCGAUGCCGCGCGCAGUCGCGAGAGAUCCUGAUUUCCGCUUUCAAUUCCAUGCCCCGGAUGGCUGUUGAUGAUGUUUUCCUGCCGCUCUAGUGUGGCAAAAGCGCCGAACGAGUCAAGUCAUUAAUUUAACGACCAAGCGAUUUACGCGAAACCUUAGGUGCUAUUCUCACUGAUAAUGAAGAGUGCUCAUAGCAACAAGUGUACGAUACGAAAAGUGAGCUCAGAGUUUUAGAAGGAAAUCCUUCGUGGAAAGAGUGGGUUUGACCACUUCCUUUCACAUCGCCCGCAAAGUGAUCAGGCUUCAAACGUCCGCUCAGGUUCAUGCUCACAAAGGCCAGACGCACAUGGUAAAAGCCAGAUCAUAAACGAGUCAUAUAUUACCCUUUUGGCGCCAUCCAGCUUACAAUCUUAAGGUUUAUCUCAAGGUCUAGAACUUACAGAGUAUUUUGCUUCUCGUGCGCUGUUUACGCGUUCCACGGGACAGCGGUUUGUGGGCCAUACGACAACAUAACCGUCGCGGUGUUGUUGACUACAAGAGCGCAGAAAAUUGAGGGUCGCGAACUCAAGAGCGCAGAACAUCCCACGUACCUAAACAGACAUGAGUACGCUCAUUAGAAUGUGCUUUUGGAUGGUUGUACUUGUGACUAGUAUGGACUCCAGCAACGGGAAAAAACGGUUACCGAUUCCCAAGUCGUUACUCGUUCCGGGAGCGAAGGGAAUUGAUGUUAUUGACGAGGCGGUGGAGCUUGUUGAUGAAGCGCAAAUCUUCUCCGAGGAUCAUCACUUUACCAAACGCAUCGCGAUCGUACAGAGCGCUAUAAACGCGAGCUCUAACGGCGGUGGUUUGUGGCAAGUGGAUUUGUGUGUGUUUCGUGAAGUGACUCAAAACAGAAGGAAAUACACCAACUUGGUGAGACUGCAAAAACUCGUGCGACGUAAACUAGGUAUCACCUGGUCUCGCGUUCGUCACCAUGAUCUGCGCAGACCUCUCUACUCUAUCUUAGCCGCGCGCUUGGCUCUCGAGACUACCGUGGAAUCUUUCCCAAAAAACGUGAAAAGUCAAGCACGGAUAUGGGCGCAGAAUUACCACAAAUGUCCUGAGACAAGCGGCGCAUAUACUCCACCGGAGGAGGCGAACAAACUGGACGAGAACACUUUCGUAAAAGUGGUGAAGAAUUCGUGCUACAGUGGCUAUAAUAAGUGUGAGCAUUUUUGCCACGAGCUGCCUCAAGGUCGCACGGCGUGUAGCUGUCGCAAGAGCUUUACCCUUCAACCAGAUGGCAAGAGCUGCAAGGAGGUAAAGGCGUCAGAAAUCAAGGUUGCUGAGGAGCCCCUGGAGCUCAACCCAGACCCACGCUCGUGUGUCGUCAAUGGCAACCAGUGUGAGCAGUCGUGCAUCAAGGUCCGCGGUAUCGUCAAGUGCACGUGUCGUCAGGGCUUCGUGCUACAUAACAAUGAGUUUAGCUGCUUCGAUAUGGACGAGUGUGAGCUAUCUCCGUGUGAUCACGAGUGUCAUAACACUCCUGGUUCAUACUACUGCACAUGCAAGAAGGGAUACACCCUCCAAACGGACAUGGUCACAUGCAAACAAGAUCACGGAAACUGUUCCGUAAAUGACGUGGGGUGCCUGGACCGCUGUCCCGGCUGCCCUUGCCCGCCUGGCAUGUCACGGCAGAAUGGACACUGCGUUGAGACAGACGAGUGCUCGCUGUACAAGGGCGUAUGCCAUCACAACUGCGUCAAUACUCCUAGGGGAUACCGCUGUGCAUGCAGCCCGGGCUAUUCACUCGACGAGAAUGGCAUCUCGUGCUCAGAUACGGAUGAAUGCGCCACGGGUGCCCAUACCUGUCAUCAUAACUGCAUCAAUGUGCCAGGAGGGUACUUCUGCUCAUGCGCAAAGGGGUUCCGGCUCAACUAUGAUCUCAAGACGUGCGUGGAUAUCGAUGAGUGCGCACUGUAUCCUGGGAUAUGCAAGGCUCCGUCUCACUGUCGUAACACAAUUGGCGGCCAUCGAUGCGAGUGUCCCCGAGGAUUUAUCAGCCACCACCAGGAGAUUUGUAUAGAUGACGACGAGUGCCAACGCGACAAUGGCGGUUGCAGUCAGCGAUGUCAAAAUUUCCCCGGUAGCUAUCGGUGUUCUUGCUGGUACGGGUUUAGCCUACUACCCGACCGGAGAACUUGCCAAGAUGUUGACGAGUGCUCUCGCUACCCUGGUCUUUGCCACCACCACUGCAUCAAUAUCCCAGGGGGAUACAAAUGCGCAUGCCCACCUGGCCAGCGGCAGCAUUUUAACGGGCUCAUCUGCUUGCCUGCCUAACAGUCGACGAACACGUGACUACCACGUCAUUGGCACGUGACUGCCACGUCAGUAAAACAAACAUAUCCGCUGUGGUCAGCGGCUUAUACCACAAACACUACUUGCGCUGGAAGUGUGCAACGCCUUAGUGGUACAUACCGCUAAUCACAUUUAUGAGACAGCGGACGCAGGGACAUGAACUGAAAUUGAGGAAGAAAGCAUUGUCCGUCGCGUUUCACCGGACUUUUUAUGAAUUUAUGAUAUAAUUAAGUGCACAUUGGUGCAAUAUUUAUGAACUCAAUCCAUGUAUAGAUGACUAUUUGUAGCCCACUCUCUCGGGAUUCCGUUGGCUAACAAUGUCAGCUAAAAAUGUACAAACUCCAGCGAUGACACUCCGGCCUAAAAAAAAUUCAUUUUUCCUUACAUGAGAUGUGACGUUGGGGCCGUCAAUCAUGGGAAUGUUACUAGGGCGAGGCUAAUCGACCUGAACACCCUGACUUUGGUGAUAUAUCGUGACGUGACCUGAACACGUGACUUUAGUGAUACAUUGUUGCGUGAUCUGAACACUUCGCAUUACGUGGCUUGUGAUCUGAACACGUGACUUUUGUGAUACAUCGUAACGUAACUCAUGUGACCUGAACACGUGGCAUUACGUGACUAGUGACCUGAACUCGUGACUUUGUUACGCCGUGACGUGAGUCGUGUAGUGGACUAUAGAUGAUUUUGUCGUGAGGUCGCCGCGGGAAGCAAACGGCACAGAUACGUUCACGGGACGGCAUAAAACAGCUUUCUUACUAAACAGGAACGACUUUUAGAGAACACAUUUGGGUACCUUCGGUGCUAGGGAGCUUCGCUAACUCGAGGUAGCAGUUCGAAUUAUUGAGUGAUAAUGAAUAAAAAUUAAUACAAAGGGACCUUAAAGCUAGUACAGUUAGCAUAUCUUCAGGGAAACGUCCGUCUUAUCAGAGUGAUCUGUUUAAGAAAACAAGCAAGGUUUCUCCCAUUUGGUCGCUUUAUUCGGUACGUCUUAUUGUUAAGUUAAAAAGUAAAUUCUCCAUGAGAAUGCUGGCAAAGCAUCAGUUAAUUGACUUGACCCCUGUGCACCACGUGUCCCCUUAUUUGGGCUUCCUGUGUCGCACAAUUGAGGGUACAAAAUUUCACCAAGGGAGGGAGGGUUCAUCGAUAAAAUACUUCAAACUACAGUUUGCAAAUAUAAACAGAUCAGCUUUCAAGUGUAAUUUGAAAUGCAUCUAUUCAAAGUUGUUUUUUACACUUUAUUAAUAAAAUAUCUAUUACAAAGUA